GUUUGUAGACACGUUCAUGCAAAAAAAAAAAAAAAAAAGUGGAGUGAGGCCUCCAACUCGAGAGGAUCUUUGAGCGCUUUCUCGCCUCUCCUUUUCUUCUCUUUUUCGUCACUUUUUUCUUGCCUUUCGAUUUCGAGACGAUGCCCCUCACGUCACGCUGCACGCGACUGUUGGCUCGUUUCCGCCUCUCGCCGGAUGUUCUUCAGGCUCACUGCGCGAGCGCAGCGAGCCGCUCUGCGGUACCCCGGCAAGGAGGCGGACCCUUGUACGAGUUCCGCACCUACCAAAUUCAUCCGGACCGAUGCUCUGCCUUCCUGAAGCUGACCGACGAGAAGAUUCACCUCAGGACUGCCCACUCAGAGCUCAUUGGCUACUGGAGCGUCGAGUACGGCGCUCUCAAUCAGGUCUUUCACAUUUGGAAAUACGAGUCAUUCGGCCAGCGUGCGGCGGUGCGUGCGGCGCUGGCCCGGGACGAGCGCUGGAUCCAAGAGUACGUGAGCCGCGCCAUCCCCAUGCUCGCACGCCAGGACAACCAGGUCGCCUCCCUGCUGCCCUGGAGCCGUAUCUGCGCGCCGCCGCACCACGGAGGCGCGUUUGAACUGGCGUCAUUCAGGAUCCGUCCGGGCGGGGCCGGACUUUUGGGCGCCGCCCUCCGGGACGGCCUCGAAGAACCCCGACGCGCUCACCUGGUCGCCGCCUUCCACAGCGACGUGGGCCAGCUGGACACGGUUUACGCCCUGCGUUGGUUCGAGAGCGCCGACGAGCGCCGUCCAGCGGAAAGCGACACUGCAGUCCUGCACAGUUUGGCCCACGUGGAAUCCCGCGAAAACAAAGUCCUGUUCCCAUGUUCCUUCUCGCCGCUCAAGUGAUUUUCUGGCAGCUUCGGCUUCGUCUUCGAUGACCGGUGGUGGGCGGAGCUUGUCUUCUGUCGCCAUGGAGAGCCCCCCCCCCCCCCCAAAAAAAAAAAUAGCUAUUUGAUGUGGACGGAGCAGUUGGCAGAAAGUAAGAGUGGACUUCUUUGAUUUUAAUGUUUUCACUGACAGUUAUUUUCACAUUUUGGUUUCUUAAAAAAAAGCAACACUAUGAUUCGUAGUCGAACAAAGAUAAAUAAAGUUAAAGAAAGCUGA